AUGCAACCCGACCAAAAAGAAGAUGCAUAUACAGUUCAGCUUGAAAACCGUCUUGCCCGUCUCUCUGGCCUUAUGGGAGUCUUCCGUGAAAGAGUAGAUUCUUUAGAAAAGACUGUCAAGUCUUUAGAAGACAAAGUAUCUACUUAUGCCCUUGAAUUAUCCAAAGCCUACAAAGAAACCAACCAACAAUAG